AUGUUUGCUAGUCACUCGCCAUUCAUUUCUUCAGAGCUCGUCGACGAAUCUAAAGUUGAAGAGUCGAAGACGACAGUAGGAGAAGGUCUUCAAUAUGCUUACGAGUUACCAAAGGAAGCUGAGAUUGAGAUUGAGGCAGCGGAAGCACCAUCAGAUACAUCGAAGCAAGACCUAGCCUCACUAAUGAAUCAAUUAAAAGGGCUGUAG